AAAGAAGGUUAUAGAUUUGUCUGUGUGUCCGAAAACGAAAUAAAAAAAGGUAAAACAAAUUUGCUCUCCAAGGGGGAAAAGCAAAAAAAAAAAAAGCCGAUCUUGGGCUUUUCUCUGCUCAGACGCAGUCUCUCUCACCGCCGGCGAAGCUGAUUCAUAUUCACAUGGAGGGAAUACAGAACCCGAUACACCGCACUGUCGAAGAGGUGUUUAGCGACUUCAAGGGUCGCAGAGCUGGUCUCCUCAAGGCUCUCACAACAGAUGGGCAGAAGUUUUUCCUUCAGUGUGACCCUGAGAAGGAAAACUUGUGUCUUUAUGGACUUCCUAAUGAGACAUGGGAGGUUAACCUCCCUGUCGACGAGGUCCCUCCUGAGCUUCCUGAACCAGCUUUGGGCAUCAACUUUGCAAGAGACGGGAUGCCAGAGAAAGACUGGAUUACUUUGGUUGCUGUUCACAGUGACUCGUGGCUCAUCUCUGUUGCGUUUUACUUCGGUGCCCGUUUCGGUUUUGGUAAAAACGAGAGGAAGAGGCUCUUCCAGAUGAUAAAUGAACUCCCAACCAUUUUCGAGCUUAUAACUGGCAAUGCAAAGCAAUCCAAGGACCAAUCUGCUAACAACAACAGUAGCAGAAGCAAGUCUAGUGGUGUCAAGCCUCGUCAAUCUGAGUCUCACACCAAGGCUUCAAAGAUGUCUCCGCCACCAAGAGAAGACGAUGAGAGCGGAGAAGAUGAGGAGGAUGAUGAGCAAGGUGCGGUUUGUGGUGCGUGUGGAGACAACUAUGAUGACUUCUGGAUAUGUUGUGAUGCUUGUGAGAAAUGGUUCCAUGGAAAAUGCGUGAAGAUCACACCUGCCAAGGCUGAGCACAUCAAACAUUACAAGUGUCCGACUUGCAGCACCAACAAGAAGAUGAGAGCUUGAAUGAAGGUGUGAUAAUAACAUUAGGGACUGUGAAAGAGGAGAAAGUUUUCACAGUUGUGAGGAGAUGAAGAAGAACCAAAAGGCUUUUGAUUGUGUAGUCUUAAUGGGAUUGAGACAGCUUUGCAGUUUAGUAGUGUCUUGGUGUUCUUUUUUUUUUGCUGUUAAUGUUAAAAUGCUAUGACUAACUUGUCUUAUGUUUCUGAGAAAAUUAUGUUUUUAGUUUGUUAAUUAGUUUUUUUUUCCUCUUA